UGAAGCUGUGCCCGAGCAAUCUGAACGCUUGGCAAGCACUACUUGUCGCCAUCUUUGUUAGGGUCACGAUGACUUCCGACUGGGGCGGAAGAGAAUUUAAUCCGGUUGGUGGGUCUGAGUUGAGGAAGGCGGGAAUUUGGUCAUCUCGCUUCUCGCCAGCUGGCGGCUCCAGACCGCAGACCGACUCAUGCUUCCAGACCUACACUGAGAGUCCCCAGGGGGGUGACCUUCCGGGGUGCGGGCUUCCAGAUGGGGGAUGAGGGGCCAGGAAGCACGGUGCAUCUGCUGUGCCUCGCAGCCUCCAGCGGGGUCCCCCUGUUCUGCAGGAGCAGCAGCGGCGGCGCCCCCUCCCGGCAACAGCUUCCUUUUUCUGUCAUCGGCUCCCUCAAUGGAGUCCACAUGUUCGGACAGAAUCUGGACGUGCAGCUGAACUCUGCAAGAACGGAAGACACAACCGUGGUGUGGAAGAGCUUCCAUGACAGCAUCACACUCAUUGCUGUGUCAUCCGAGGAGGGCACCUCAGAGCUGAGUCUGGAAAGAAUGCUCCACAUGGUGUUUGGGGCCAUGGUUCUCAUUGUGGGACUUGAGGAGCUGACCACCAUCCGGAAUGUAGAGCGACUGAAGAAAGAGCUGAGGGCCAGCUACUGUCUCAUUGACAGCUUCCUGGGGAGCUCGGAGCUCAUUGGGGACCUGACCCAGUGUGUGGACUCUGCCAUCCCUCCAGAGGGCUCUCUCAUGCAGGAAACCCUCUCAGGGUUUGCGGAGGCCACUGGCACAGCCUUCGUCAGCCUGCUGGUAUCAGGCCGAGUGGUGGCAGCCACCGAGGGCUGGUGGCGCCUGGGCAUGCCUGAAGCCGUGCUGCUCCCCUGGCUGGUGGGGUCCCUGCCACCACAGGCCGCUCGCGAUUACCCGGUGUACCUGCCACACGGGAGCCCCAAGGUCCCGCACCGGCUGUUGACCUUAACGCUGCUGCGGGGCCUGGAGUUGUGUCUGCUGUGCGGGCCGCGCCCGCCCCUCGGCCAGCUGGACCCACAGCUGUUGGAACGCUGGUGGCAGCCGCUGCUGGAGCCCCUCCGCGCCUGCCUGCCCCUGGGCCCCAGGGUGCUGCCCGAAGGGUUCCCGCUGCACAGCGACAUCCUCGGCCUGCUGCUGCUGCACUUGGAACUGAGACGCUGCCUCUUCACCGUGGAGCCUUCGCGGGAUAAAGAGCCUUCCCCUGAGCAGCGCCGGCGCCUCCUUAGAAACUUCUACACUCUGGUGGCCACCACACACUUCCCAGCAGGGCCUGCAGAGAAAGAAGAGGAUGCAGGCCGCCCAGCCCAGAGCCCCAGAGCUUGCUACCUGGUGCUGGGGCCGGGCGCGGGGUGGCGGCUGGUGGCGGUGCAGCUAGGGCUUCGGCUGCUGCUGCUGCUGCUGUGUCCUCAGAGCCCCACCCAUGGGCUGCGAAGCCUUGCCACCCACACUCUACAAGCCCUUACCCCGUUCCUUUGACCACUGAGGGGUGGGGUGUCAACAGACGGGUAAUAUUA